UCGUCCAACGAGAUCGUUCGUGGUGCAGUAGAGACGGGAAAUUCCGGUCUUCAUUUAUUACAAAGUUCUAUUGAGCCUUCAGAAAAUACUUGAGGCUUUAUUCCCAGUUGAGAAUUUAAUAUAACGGUGAACAUAGAAUUAAAUACCAUGGCUGGGAGGAUGACUGUCACCCUGCAGGCCACCCUUUUCGUACUGGCUGCAGUUCUUUACCAAGGGGAAGCUUUGCGCUGCUGGCACUGUUCUUCGGACAGCAGUCCUGAUUGUGGCGAUGUGAUCACUUACAGCGAACACAACCGACAGGUCCACACUGCAGAUUGUGAGGCAGACUUGCGGCAAAAUCCGUACACGUUCGCCAGGCCUGUCUGCAAAAAAAUCGUCGAAAUAAAGAACGGGGCUCGUAUAGUGAUUAGGAAAUGUGACAGUCCUCUUCCGGACGAACGAGACAUCACUGAUGGGGUUUGCUCAACCGUACCAUCGCCCAGCCACGUCACCGUGGAGUCCUGCCACGUUUGCACCACCGAUCUUUGCAACGGUGCCCAUUCGGCAUUUGGCCAUGCAUCAGUAAUGACAUCGCUACUCUUUUUCGGAAUACCGAGCAUCCUCUUCGCUUACCGUUGGAGCUAUUAAAUUUUUUUUUUUGUUUUCUGCAACAGAGAGAACUUUUUUCCAAUCGAUGUAAUAACUAAUUAUUAAGAAAACUGAAAUAUGGAUUUGGUUUUCGAAAUUGUAUUUAAUGUAGAAUCUGCGCCAGACGGCGGCGUUGGUUGUACUAAUUAGAGCCAAUGAUUUAAGACGCUUAGAUGCGGCUACUGUACAAACCGACUUCGAAUCCCAUUGAAGUGACGGUGUAGAUGUUGUAUAAUGAUUAACCGCUUUACUUAAUUCAAAAAUAUUACGAAUGUAAUCAAAUUUGCGGUGCGUCGGAAGAUGUUUAUAACUUUUUCGUAACAGUGUACUUCUAAUCUUAAGAAUUAAUGUUUUAAGGAUCUAAUUCUAUGUAGACGUAGAGAUUUUUACUUAAUUGUGAAUAGGCCGUCAUCUGAUAUUAUACUCUGCUUACUCCUCUCGGCUGUUCUUUUUUGUCCUGCUCUUCAACUGACUUGAGAACAACUUAUCAGAGUCCGUCCAAAGCAUACUCGUAUAUUCUAGAUGUAGUGAAAUAUUCAUGUUUUUCACUUUUCAAAAAGUGAGGAAUUUAAUGUUUUUACAGUGAUCACAAUUCAGGUCUAAACAAUUACAAUUUGCGUUUAGAUAGAUUUUGCUCCCAAUGCGUUAAGUCAUAAUUAUCCGUGUAAAAACCUUAUUAAAAAUAAUAAAUCAUAAUGUUAGAAUCGAAA